CGCACAAAAACAAAACCAACAAAACUUUGCAGCAGCUCGUGCAAGACACGGCAGACGGGCAGAGUCGGCACACCUUUAGAGGAAACUUCAAUCCGUCAAAGGUUUUCGCGAAAUAUUGCAGAAAUGGAAGCCAUGGACAUAGCUGACGCUGGAUUCAGUGUUGUCAGCAGCGAUUUCGUAAAAGUUUUCGUGUCUGUCUCUACAUCCAGCACGUACAGCGCAGAGAAAAGUUUCGCCAAAGGCAUCACCAUCGCAGAUCUAAAAUGCAAAUUGGAGCUGAUGACAGGCGCUACUGCAGGCUCGAUGCAGCUCACAGUUGUGGACAAGGCUGGGAACCGGGUGUGCCUUCUGGACGACAACAGCAGACUCCUGGGUUCGUACCCAGUCGACCAUGGAAUGGUCAUUUUCGUCGCUGACACCACACCGAAACAUACUUUUGAUUUGGACUCGAGUGAGGUCCCAAAGUUUGAGCUCUCAGAUGAAAAAUACUCAGAAAGAAGAGACACUGUUCGAGCACAUUUGGAGAGAAACAGACUUGGCAAGUAUGAUCCAGCCAGGGAGGAGCAGCUGAGGCAAGAGCGAGAGGCGCUGGAGGCUCUCGAGGCAGAAUUGGCUUCAAAAAUUACCAUUGGGAAUAGAUGCGAGGUUUCUGUUCCCGACCAGCCUGUUCGAAGAGGCCUAGUCAUGUUUGUUGGCAAUGUGCAUUUUAAACCUGGUCUUUGGGUUGGAGUCAAAUUGGACGAGCCCUGUGGCAAGAACGACGGCAGCGUUGAAGGUCAAAGGUAUUUUACAUGUCCUGCUAAAUAUGGGAGCUUUGUCAAAGUCACCAACAUCAGAGUUGGAGAUUUCCCAGAAAUUGAUCCGUUUGAAGAAGACGAAAUGUAAUCACAUUUGAGCAUAUUAUUAACAAUAACAGCAAAGUUUGCUUCAAUACUAAAAAUGAAAGCCUUAAAAACACUAGUUUGACCCUGCCUAAUUUAAUUAUAUUUAUUUUUUUACAAUUCAAGUUUUAUAUUAAUGCGACUGACUAUUUUGCACCAUUUCUGUAGGUUAUGAAAAUAAAAUAUCAAUUCAAUCCA